AUGGCUCCAGGUGGGCGCGACUUCAACUGCUCAUGGGAGCAAUGUGGCAAGUCCUUCAAUCGCAAGUCUGAUCUCUGUCGCCAUUAUCGCAUACACACCAAUGAGCGUCCAUAUCAUUGUACGGUGAAAGAUUGCAAUAAGAGCUUCAUCCAGCGCAGCGCUUUGACCGUACAUUCGCGAACUCAUACAGGCGAAAAGCCGCAUGUUUGUGAUCAUGAUGGUUGCCAGAAGGCCUUCUCAGAUUCUUCGAGUCUGGCUCGUCACCGAAGGAUACACACUGGCAAGCGACCUUAUAUCUGCCAGGAGCCGACUUGUGAACGGAGCUUCUGUCGCAAAACCACCCUCACCAAACACCAGCACCGCUCUCACCCUCCAGGCACCAUGACUCGGCCAUCCUCGGAGGAUGCGAACUCGGAGCAUUCAUAUCACCAACAUCAGCCUCCCGUAUCGGUCUCUAUCCCAAACCACAAUGAACAGUACCUGCUCGCCCAACAGCCUUAUUAUCCCAAUUCCGCGACACCAAAUCACGGCUUCUACUCGCCACCAACUGUUCAGAUGGGCUCGGUACCAGUACACGAGGGUGCGCAUCCGAUCGUCACGCAGAAUGUCCCCGUCACAUCACCGAUAAACAUGCCGCAUGCCCCGCCGCAAGCGCCACCACACCCGCAACACCCCCACCCACAGGCGCACCCCCAACACCAACAGUACAUUCAAAUGAUGCAACAGCGCUAUGACCCCACCCCGCGCACGAACUAUCUCCCACCCGAGUAUCACCAACCGCCAUACCAGGGCCACCAGUUACCAGAGGGACAGCCAAUGGUGGUGGGAUACCAUCCAAAUCUCGCGUACAAACCUCCUACCCGGAUUCUGAAUCAACCGGAGGGGACUGACUGGGCUUUUCUGGGAGUAGGCUAA